ACAAAAGGGAAAAAAAAAAAAAAAGCCUGGAGCUCUGAGGACCGGUGCUACCUGUCCUCUGAGCCCGACCGGGGAGCGUCGUCAGCCGGGCAAGACACCUUCAGCUGCAGACACCACCACCAGCACCACCAGCCAGAACCAUAAUAAUAUAAGAUUCAUCGUCUGCUGCUCAACAACAAUGUCACCAGAGCUGGAAGAGAACAACCAAGUUGAAAUCAGUCUCCCCCAGCUGGAGGCGGGGAGCCUGUCCGAGGAGGAGGGCGUUGGGGGGUCGGCCCGCCCCCUGGUGCCCGUGCCUGGAGCGGGCCCUGGAUGCGGUGAAGGCGGAGGGGCCGGCCCUCCGCAGACCCAGGACGGGGCCGCGUCCGGGACCGGGAAUGGGGCCUUGGCGGUGCCGGUGGUGGAGAGGGAGACCUGGACCCGGCAGAUGGACUUCAUCAUGUCAUGCGUGGGCUUCGCCGUCGGCCUCGGCAACGUGUGGCGGUUCCCUUACCUCUGCUACAAGAACGGAGGAGGGGUUUUCCUGAUCCCCUACCUGCUGAUCGUGUUCAUCGGAGGCAUCCCGGUCUUCUUCCUGGAGAUCGCACUGGGACAGUUCAUGAAGCAGGGAGGGGUCUCAGCCUGGAACAUCGCACCUCUCUUCAAAGGUCUGGGCUUGGCCUCCAUGGUGAUCGUGUUCUUCUGCAACACCUACUACAUCAUGAUCCUCGUGUGGGGCCUCUACUUUCUCUUUCACUCCUUCACCAACCAGCUGCCCUGGGCCACAUGUGGUCACCCCUGGAACACCCCCAACUGCACGCAGGAUUUCCGCCGCGCCUGCCACAACCGCAGCGCCAACCUCCUCUCCUCCACGACCCCGUCCAACCUGUCGUCCAUCCAGCUGUUCCUCAACGGGAGCUGUGCGGAGGCCGAAGGAAUGCGCUCCCCAGUCAUCGAGUUCUGGGAACGUAAAGUGCUCCGUCUGUCCGGUGGGCUGCACGAGCCCGGCGACAUCAGCUAUGAGUUGGUUCUGUGUCUCAUAAUCACCUGGAUCAUUGUUUACUUCUGCAUGUGGAAAGGAGUCAAAUCCACCGGCAAGGUCGUUUACUUCACAGCUCUGUUCCCCUACCUCGUUCUGGUGGUUCUCUUGGCCCACGGCGUCACACUACCCGGAGCUCUGGACGGGAUUGUUUACUACCUGAAACCAGACUGGUCCAAACUGGGAGAAGCACAGGUGUGGAUCGAUGCGGGCACUCAGAUUUUCUUCUCCUACGCCAUCGGACUGGGCGCCCUGACCGCGCUGGGCAGCUACAACCGCUUCCAUAACAACUGUUACCAGGAUGCAUUCUUGCUGGCCAUGAUCAACAGUGGAACCAGUUUCUUUGCAGGCUUUGUGGUGUUUUCUGUGCUGGGCUUCAUGGCUGCAGAGCAAGGCGUGGACAUCAGUAAGGUAGCUGAGAGCGGUCCGGGCCUGGCCUUCAUCGCUUACCCCAAGGCCGUGACCCUGAUGCCUCUGGCGCCGCUCUGGGCCGCACUCUUCUUCUUCAUGUUGCUCAUUCUGGGCCUCGACAGCCAGUUCGUGGGCGUGGAGGGUUUGAUAACGGGGAUCAUGGACAUGCUGCCGCCUAAAUCUGCCAUGGGCUCCCUGCGACGAGAGGUGGUAGCCGCCAUCUGCUGCUUCAUCUGCUUCCUGAUCGACAUGUCCAUGGUCACAGAGGGAGGGAUGUAUGUCUUCCAGCUGUUUGACUACUACUCUGCCAGCGGCAUCACUCUGCUGUGGCAGGCCUUCUGGGAGUGUGUGGUGAUUGCAUGGGUCUAUGGCGCCGACCGAUUCAUGGACGACGUGGCUCGUAUGAUCGGCUAUCAGCCGUUACCCUACAUGAAGUGGUGCUGGUCCUACAUCACGCCGUUCGUCUGUGUGGCAGUGUUCGUGUUCCACGUGGUGAACUACAAGCCCCUGACCUACAACACAGUGUACACCUACCCCCUGUGGGGCGAGGUGCUCGGCUGGGCCCUGGCCCUGUCCUCCAUGCUCUGCAUCCCCGUCACCGUCCUCUACAAACUGCUGCGCUGCAAAGGCUCUCUGCGGGAGCGCUGGCAGCACCUGACCACCCCGGUGUGGGGCCGACACCACCUGGAGUACCUCGCACCGGAGAGCGAGGCCAAGCUGCUGCCGCCGGCGGGAACCAAGAGCACGCUUCUGUUUGAAAGUGUCAUCUGAUGAGCUGGAAACCAACUCCAACCGCCAAGGUCGCCCCCUAACAUCAGCACACACGCACUACAUGAAGCUCGACCACACACACACACACACACACACACACACUGAACCUACCGUUUUUUUAAAAGCCCCCCCAGACGAACGGACCAAAGAUUCGAUGGGAAAAGAACUGAAAGACACACCAACGCAGUCGCAUCACACGAUCGCCCUCCACUCUGCUUUUUCCGACUCUACCUCGCCGACUCUCCCCUCUCUUACUCCCCCCCCUCCCCCCCCAGCCUUUGUGCCGUCCCGUCUCGUCCCGUGAGUGUCCAGCGUAGUUGCGAUAUAUAUAUAUAUCUUCCCUUCCCCGUCUGUCAGCCCUUCAGUCGCUCAUCCGUCCCGACACGAUAUGCUGAACGAGCGAAAAAAAAAGAUGAAGGUCUCUAAAUCUGCUGCUGAGAUGCCAUGGUGUGAAUGUGUGUGUGUGAAUGUGUGUGUGUGUGUGUGUGUGUGUGUGUGUGUUGACCGUUGAAGCGUCGUCUUCAUUUACAUGUGACAUCUGUAUUAUCUCAUUUAACUGUACAAAAAACCUCUACCAUCUUCCAUUUGUUUUAAAAAAAAAAAGAUACUAACAAUCAAAAAAAAGAAACAAAGCUUCACCAGUUCCAUCUGUGUGUUAUGACGUAACUUAAGUAUCCAGUGUAUCGUGGGGGUCUGUGAAUCAGUGUUAACAAUAUAUCGGAGGGGGACGACGAUCAGUAUUUCCACCUGAAGAGAAGGAGAGAAACGUGGUGAGGAGCAGGAGACCGGGAAUGUGGGGAGGGGGAAGGAGACUUGAUGCAAUAAAUGA